GUCGUUAUAGGCGAAUGUAGUGCAGUGGAAAUAUUAAUCGCUCUUUAAUCUUCGUUAUUUCACCUCAAACGGGAGUGUGUGUGCUUGGAGGACCUGAGCCACCUCCACCCCACCCCUGGGGCUUCCUGCCCCAGGAGGAGGAGGAGGAGGAGGAGGAGGAGGAGGAGGAGGAGACGCGGGUGCCCAUCGGGGGACGUGACAGCGGUGACGACGAGCCCCCGUCCUGCACCCCCAGGCCCCCAAGCCCCACCCCACCUACCACCAGCCACACCAGUCCCCACAGCAGCCUCCGUCACCCGCCCCACACCAGGAGCACCUGCCCCAGGACUGCCUGCCCCGCCCCCACAAGACACCGCCCCCAGCCUCCCCUGUCCAGAAGGAGCGCGCCCCUCACAGGUCCCGCUCCCGCUCCCACUCCUGCUGCAGCACUGUGGCACUCAACAUAGCCACAGCAGGAGAGUUCCAGUACCCUUAUGAUGCAGCCAAGGGGACUGACGCCACCACCACCACCACCACCACCACCACCACCACCACCACAACAAGGGUUAUUCAAGUGGGGAACAUGCUUCAGGUGUUGCCCCAAGAUGCCUCAGCCCCGCAGCCCCACUCCGCCAUGAUAGUGCAGGCAGGGAAUGUCAUACAGGAGGCCACGUCAGAGGUGCCUGUGGUGGGGUCGCCAGUUCCGGAGUACGAGGUGGAGGAGGAAGAGGAAGAGGAGGACGAGGAGGAGGCACGGAUGAGGAAGAAGAAAAGAUCAUUAGCUGUAGCUCUCCCUCCAGCUGAUAAGGGGAUAUUAAGGAGCCCUUCCUACAGGUACUCUCCCAGCCGUGUCACAGCUGAUGAUGAUGAUGAUGAUGAUGAUGCCACGCCCACCCCCAGCCUGAGCCACCCUCCACCCACCCCAGCCCUCACCAAGCCUCCUUCAGUACCCCUCCACACCACCACCACAACCACCACCACCACCAGCGACGCAACAGCCUCAUCUACCUCCGCCGGCCCACCCCCUGGCCCGACCCCCUCCCUGACAGUGGCCCCCCCACGGCAGGCAAGAAGAAGAAGGAGGAGAAAGUAUCAAUAAUCGUACAGAUUCGCGACGAGGAAUCCAGACUGAAACAGGCGCUGGGUUUAAAGAACAUAAUUUUCAACCCUUACGGUCCUGGCCUGGCCCCGAUUGCCAAGCUGCUGGACACCCCUGAGGAGCUGAAGCGUUUUGAGCCCAAGGGCUGCACCAUGAAGGUCCGGCCGGAGGAGAACGAGGCUCGGCAGAACAGAAACAAAGAACGGCGUAGCAGGGACAGGCCGGAGAGGGUCGACAGAAUGGACCGCCCCAGGGCAAAGGAGAGGGACAGACGCACGGACGCACAGGCCACGCAGGUCUGCUCCAUCCACCCACCCGUGCACAGAAAUGCUGGUAUCUCCACGUUGACAACUGGCCAGAGGAAGUAAGGACAGUACCUUGUGUCCCUGCCUCUGCUACCCCACCCCUGCCCCGCCCCCUGCCCCAGCCCCCCGCACACAAGUCGGCCAAGUCCAAGUGGGACUCUGACACAGAAGAGCAAGUGGACGGACAGAAGUGAGGGGAGAGAGAGAGGAGGAAGAGAAGGAGGAGAGGAAGGAAAAUAAAAAUAUAAUCAAGAAUUUGGAGGAAGAGGAAGACCAGGAGGUACAGGUGAAGGAAGAGGAGGAAGAGGAAUAGACUAUCCCAGAGAAGAUGAAGGAAGAGGAGGAAGAGGAGGAGGAGGAGGAGGAGGAAGAGAAGGAAGAGUGAGGCAAAGGUCUUCCCCGAUUGUUUGACCGAAGAAUACGAAGCUUUCCUUAUGAUGGUGGAUGGAGGAGGAGGAGGAGGAGGAGGAGGAGAGAAGAAAGAGGAGGAAGAGGAAGAGGAGGAGGAGGAAGGAAGAUGCAAGAGAGAGGUCACAUCACUAUAUAAAGAAGAGGAGGAAGACUACAUGAAAAUUGAAGAAGAGGAGGAGGAAAGAAGAAGAAAGAGGAUGAGAGAGGAGGAGGAGGAAGAGGAAGAGGAGAAGAAAGAACAGAAGACCCUGGAGAAGAUGAAGAAGAAGAGGAAGAAGCAAAUGAAGGAGAAGAGGAGGCAGAAGAAACUGGAAAAGAAGGCAAAGAAGAAGAGGAAGGAGAAAGAGAGGAAGAGGGUCAAGAGGAGGAGGAAGAGCAGUGAUAGUUCAGUACAAAUGGAGGAGGAGGAGGAGGAGAGAAGACUUACAAGAGAUAAGAGGAAGAGGAGAUAAGAAUGGACUGCAAUAAGUGGCAGAGAGGAGGAGGAGGAGGACAAUAAACGCAUCACCUUGAGGAAGAAGGAGGAGGAGGAGGAGGAGGAAGAGGAAGAGGAACAAGAAGAGGGUAGAAGAUUCAGCAGACACUCGGAUAAUGGUGAAAGCCCCUCUUAUACUCCACCAAGAAGACUGCAAGAACAGGAGAAGGAAGAGGAGGAAGAGGAAGAAGAGGAGGAGGAAGAGGAGCCACUUUCCCCAUUGGCUCGGUUGGGGUCGAUAGCAAGGAGUCACCAAGGGAGUCAUCGCCAAAACGGGGCAGAACCGGGGCAUUCCGGGUCACCUCAGGGUCAGGGAGGAGCUACCCGGCCAGCGACACGUCUGGGUACUAUGACCUGACCCCGGACUCCUCCAGCGGGGCAUCCGGGGCAAAGACAUUCAAUUUAGAGGAUAUUCCGUACCCUACCAGAGAGAGUGAGAGGCACAGCCCCUCCAACAUGUCCCUCUCCUCCUCCUCCUCUGCCCCACCCACCCCGCCCCGCCCCCCCCACCCCAGACACCCUGGAUGCCAUCCCCAUUCCCCCACCCACCCUGGACCUCACCAACAUCCCCAUGCCGCCCGUCACCUUCACCAUCACCCCGCCAGCCCCCAUCCCCAGGCCCAAGAAGGACCCCCUGCCAAGACCCAAGCCCCCGGUCCCCCUUCCUCCCAUGGCAGCUGCCCCACUGCCCCCCUUAUCCGUCCCCUUGCCCUGCCCCACGCCUGCCCACAGGGAGGAGUCCCUACCAGCCUCGCCGCCCCGGGAGGUGCCCCCAUCGGAGGGGCGCCGGUGUCCCCCGGGGGACAUGAUAGCAACGACGACGAGCCCCCCGUCCUGCAUCCCCCGGCCCCCGAGCCCCGCCCCACCCACCACCAGCCACACCACCAUAUAGCCUUGGCUUCCUGCGGCCUUCACCCUGCUCAUGACACAUCAAUCCACGCCGGCCGGGACCUUACGCCUUCGAUGUAUCCCCCCGUGGAGCCCCGAUGGGGGGCGCCGCGCCAGCCUCACAGGGUGGCGCAGUCCAUGCUACCAGCACCACCACCACCACCACUACACUGCCCCACCCCGCGACCGCUGGAGCCCCCAGCGCUCCCCACGCCGUGUUACCCGCUUUCUGUUACCCUCUCCCCGGGGCGCCGCUCAUUACCCCCAGACCGCCGUGCCUCCCCGGAGCGGGGCCGCUCACCCCCCAGCCGCUCCCCACGCUACUCCCCGCGCCAUUCCCAUUCCCGGGGGCUGAGGUCCCCCUGCCGCUCCCCCUCCCCACGGGGUGAGGUGUACCCCUACGAGCGGCGGGGCUGGGGCUGCGCAGCCAGGGAGUGGGAGGCUCUCACCACCACCAUCACAGCCCCAAGGCAGAGCAGAGAAAUAGGGAGGGCAAGGGCUAUGGGUACUCUCUCCCCUGCGGCAGUAUUUGAUGACGACCUCCGGAUCAUGAGCGAGGCAGAGAUGUUCUCCACGGGGUUCCACAAGGGGGGGGAACAGCGAGUCUCCCCCCCCAGCCCGCUCCCCUCCCCCAAAACCCUGGAUGCCAAGUCUGUGGGUACUCUCCCAGCCGUGUCACAGCUGAUGAUGAUGAUGCCACCCCCACCCCCAGCCUGAGCCACCCUCCACCCACCCCAGCCCUCACCAAGCCUCCUCCAGUAACCACCACCACCACCACCACCACCACCACCAGCGACGUAACACCCCACCCCACCCCUCCCCAGACCACAGAUCCCAGACUGUUGGAUGUGACGCCACAAGACACAGGGCUUCGUAACACCAGUGCACGGUGAUCAAGACAACACUGGACCAGAAAGACGCAAAGUACAGGGAACAACACAGUGCUUCUUCAUUUUAGGUGAGCCAGAAUGAGCUUGUUAAACUGAGCGGCCUCUUCAAGUACCACUGGAACUGUUCGUCAGAGGAGGAGGAGGAGGUAAGGGAGUGCGCCAAGACCCUUUACAGCGGUGCAAUGGAGUGGAGGGAGAUGAGGAGAAAUUUGAAAGAGAACAGAAGUAGAAUGACAUCAGAUAGCAGGAGUCCUUAGGAUUUAGCACAAUAAGAUCAAUAAUUCUCUUACAUGAGUGACCUAAAGUAAGGCAGUUUAGUCUGGCCUAACUUAACUGACCUACCUAUUUCUGUUAUGAGCUAAGAUAGGCUAUGUUAGGUUAUAUUAAAUUAUAUAAUUAUUAUUUUUUUCAUCAUUAUUAUUAAAGAAAGGAAAUAGAACCGAGAAAAUAAAGUUAAAAAUUAUUGUUA